UGCCAUAAAAAUUAAAAUACGCGACGCGAGAUGUAUCCACAGCCAGCGUCAACUUCGUAAUUCGUGCCAUUAAAAAAAAAUUCGAUUCUUACAAAAACAAAACUCACAUUAAAAAUCAAAAUCCCAAUCAAAUAUUUUAGUGAAAACAUUUACAAUAAAAACAGUGGUUUAUCAAUCAAGAAAAAGAACAUCCAGCGCCAGGCCAGCACCAGCAUAGAGCAUAAAAUUUGUUUUUCUUUAUAUCGAGCUCGACUGCGACUCGAAACUCGAAAAGUCGAAAGUAGUGUAUAUCUUUGGUUUUGGUUUUCGUGGUGAAUUGGAAAUUUCUUUCUUGGUCUUGCUGUUUGCUGUGGCUCGCUCGCUUUUCUCGCUACGCUGCGCUAUGUUGUGUCAUAUUUUCUACUAAAUGGAAAAUUAACGCCAAAACAAAAACGAACGCAACAAAACAUUUUCCGUUUCGUUUUUCUUUUUUUAUUAUUUUCAUUUUUAUUUUUAACCAAAUACAUAUUUUUAUUUCCUAAUCUGGAUUGAUAUACAAACAAAUAUUUAUUGCCAAGAAAAGAAUCAAAUCAAAUCGUCGUCGUAUUCGUCUAUCGUCUUCGCCACCUCACCUACACCUUACAUCUUGACGGUCGGUGGUGAGAAUUCCCAAAAUUUAUUCAGUGACAAAAGAAAAGAAGUAGCAAAGAAAAAAUUGUGGUUAAAAAAAAUUAAAAAAAAAAAACGGAAAAGAAAGAAUAAAAAAUUAUAUUCUUUUCUCAAAUCCCAACAAAGUGCAAAAAGAACCAACAAAAUAAAAUAUAAGAAGUAACGACUUUCUUUUGUGCAAAACAAAAAGAAAUUCUACUAAAUAAUAAAAUAAAUUUGUUCCAACGGAGUGGUAAAACAUAAAACUAUAGUUAAUGUCUAGACACGCUUACCAACAACCGGUUAUUAUGAAAGGAAACUGUUACAAAAUGUCUCGUAGCAAAGACAAAUAUGAAAGCAGCAAUAGACGGCAGCAAAUUAUUAUGUCGCCAGAAGAAGCAGCUUCAGGAAAAAAAACUUGCUGGACAGGCAUCGAGAUAACAGGAUAUGUACGCAAUAUAAGUCCAACAUUGUGGCAUUUUGAACAUUUAACUGCUCUCUAUUUAAAUGAUAAUCAUUUAAUGCGGUUGCCUUCAGACAUAGGAUUAUUAGUUAAUCUACGCACCUUGGAUGUGUCUAGCAAUAAAUUGAGAAGUUUACCUGCUGAACUUGGAGAACUUAUUCAAUUGAGGGAACUUCUUCUCAAUCACAAUUGUCUACGUGUCCUUCCCUAUGAAAUAGGAAAAUGUUUCCAUCUACAUGUAUUGGGGCUUUUAGGUAAUCCAUUACAGAAGGAAUUCUUAUCGAUAUAUAACGAGCCUAAUGGUACACAAAAACUACUCACGUAUAUGUUGGAUAAUCUUUCAUUUACCGGAACAGCUCCACCGCAACGACCAUGGAUACCAUUAGCGAAGCCCAACAAAACUAGACCGUCCUGUAUCUUUACCGUGAUGUGUUACAAUGUUUUAUGUGACAAAUAUGCUACUAGACAAAUGUACGGCUAUUGCCCAGGUUGGGCUCUCAGCUGGGAUUAUAGAAAAAAGGCAAUUCUUGACGAGAUUCGGCAUUACUCUGCCGACAUAAUCAGUCUGCAGGAAAUCGAAACAGAACAAUUUUACAGUUUCUUUUUGCAAGAACUCAAGAACGAUGGUUUCGAGGGCAUCUUUUCGCCGAAGUCUCGGGCAAAGACAAUGGGCGAAAAUGAACGAAAAUUUGUUGAUGGUUGUGCUAUCUUCUUCCGCUCAUCAAAAUUCUCGCUAAUUAAAGAACAUUUAAUUGAAUUUAAUCAAUUAGCCAUGGCCAACGCUGAAGGUUCUGACAACAUGCUUAAUCGCGUUAUGCCAAAAGACAACAUCGGCUUGGCGGCAUUACUUAAGGUCAAAGAAAACGCAUGGGAUUCAAUGACCGAUGUCAACCAAAUAUCACAACCCUUGCUAGUUUGCACGGCGCAUAUCCAUUGGGACCCAGAAUUUUGUGAUGUCAAACUCAUUCAGACGCUUAUGCUGAGCAACGAACUGAAAACCAUCAUCGAUGAGGCUAGUCACAGCUUCCGACCGGGCCAUAAAUACGAUUCAAAUAGUGUCCAAUUGUUGCUGUGUGGUGAUUUCAAUUCCCUGCCCGAUUCCGGUGUAAUCGAAUUCCUUGGUAAAGGUCGUGUCUCAAUCGAUCAUCAGGACUUUAAGGAACUUGGCUAUAAGCCAUGUUUGCAACGCUUGUUAUCGAGUGACACUAACGAAUAUACUCAUUCCUUUAAGUUAGCUUCGGCCUACAGCGAGGAUAUCAUGCCCCAUACGAACUAUACAUUUGACUUUAAGGGAAUUAUCGAUUAUAUAUUCUACACAAAAACCGGUAUGGUGCCUCUCGGUCUAUUGGGCCCGGUUUCCAACGACUGGUUAAGGGAAAACAAAGUCGUUGGUUGUCCUCAUCCGCACAUCCCAUCUGAUCACUUCCCCCUGCUGGUGGAACUUGAACUUAUGCACACGGCCAGCCAACAACAACCACCAAACGGACUCAUCAAUCGACGGUAGCAAUAGAAACCCUCAUCUAUGCCUUCUAGAAAAACCUAUGAAGUUGUUGUGAACUGAAAUCAAACACAUACCGCCAAUAUUUUUAUUACGUCAACACACUAAAAAAAACAAAA